GAAUUGAGUUGAGGUGAAGUGAAUCAACCGACGGGUCAAUCGCGUUCUUGAUUAACGAACUUAAACCAUCAAUACAACUCGAACACCGCAACCAACAGACGCACAAUGGCUAAACCAUCUUAUAAAAUCGCUGACAUUUCACUGGCCGAAUUCGGACGGAAGGAAAUCGUGCUGGCUGAGAACGAAAUGCCCGGCCUGAUGGCGUGCCGCAAAAAGUACGGUCCGAUGAAGAUCCUAAAGGGCGCCCGGAUAGCCGGCUGUCUCCAUAUGACCAUUCAAACGGCGGUGCUGAUCGAAACGCUGAUCGAGCUGGGCGCAGAAGUUCAGUGGAGCAGCUGUAACAUCUUCAGCACGCAGGACCAUGCGGCCGCCGCCAUGGCCAAAGCGGGUGUGCCCGUGUAUGCGUGGAAGGGUGAAACAGACGAGGAGUACAUGUGGUGCAUCCGGCAGACGCUCUUCUUCGCGGAUGACAAACCGCUGAACAUGAUUCUGGACGAUGGCGGCGAUCUGACCAAUCUCGUUCACGCCGAGCACCCGGAGCUGCUGAAGGACAUCCGUGGCCUUAGCGAAGAAACGACGACCGGCGUGCACAAUCUGUACAAAAUGUUCCGCGAGGGUCGCCUCGGUAUGCCGGCGAUCAACGUGAAUGAUUCGGUAACAAAGAGCAAGUUCGAUAACCUGUACGGUUGCCGGGAGUCGCUGCUCGACGGUAUCAAGCGUGCGACGGAUGUCAUGAUUGCGGGAAAGGUCUGUGUGGUGGCUGGUUACGGUGACGUCGGCAAAGGUUGCGCCCAAGCCCUACGCGGCUCUGGUGGUCGCGUUCUUGUCACUGAAAUCGACCCGAUCAACGCUCUUCAGGCUGCGAUGGAAGGAUACGAAGUGACGACAAUGGAGGAGGCAAGCAAGGAGGCUCAGAUCUUCGUUACUACCACCGGAUGUACCGACAUCAUUAUGGGCGAACAUUUCCUGAACAUGAAGGACGACUCUAUCGUGUGCAAUAUCGGCCACUUCGACUGUGAAGUGAACGUAGCUUGGCUCGAACAGAACGCCGUGGAGAAGGUUAACAUUAAGCCACAGGUUGACCGGUACCGCCUGACGACCGGCAAUCACGUCAUCCUGCUUGCCGAGGGUCGUCUGGUGAACCUCGGUUGUGCCAUGGGUCAUUCGAGCUUCGUUAUGUCUAACUCGUUCACCAACCAAGUGUUGGCUCAGAUCGAGCUGUGGACGAACCGGGAGAAGUACGCCGUUGGUGUGCACGUGUUGCCGAAGAAACUUGAUGAGGAAGUUGCAGCGCUGCACUUAGAUAAGCUCGGAGUGAAGCUGUCGAAGCUAACACCCCGACAAGCUGAGUAUCUUAACCUCCCAGCAGAAGGUCCUUACAAGCCAGACCAUUACCGCUACUAAGCGCCAAGCGUAAUAAGAGUCUCUAAGCCAUGCUGAUGUAACGUGCAACGCAGUCGAGAGUUCGUCGAAUCAACAUCACGUUCUGCCAACAAUACACGUUUGAAUGCUGCA